UAACACAUUAAAUCAUAGACCGAAAUUGUUUACCUCUAAGCUAUCCGAUGAGGGUAGUAGGUGAUUACGCACUCUAUUGUUCACUAGUGGAAAGACGGUGCUCUCACAGGGCAUCGAUGGGUUUUUUCUCCCCUCCUCCCCGAGGUGUCUCAUUCACUUUUCAAAUGGGGACUCUGGCCCUCCUCUUCUGCACUGACGAAAUAGUGGACUGCGUAAAGCGAAAUUGAACUUGUUGCAUAGCAGCACUUCAGUGUUUCUCUUGCACGGAUCGGAACCAGCAUCACCAUACUGAAGUGGCACCCUGCAACUUGGGAGAACCAAAGCCCGAGGAACCUGAGCAAGGCGCACUGAGGAAAUACCUAGCCAUCGCACCACUCUGUGGAGGACAUAAGCCUACUUUGGACACGUUUUGGCACAUGCAUUUAACACACUGGGACCUUACUUAAUUGAAGGAAAUAAGUAUUUUUUACAUGUCAUGGAAUAGAAAUCCCUUCAAAAUGCUAUUAAAUAUAAAACAUAUCCUGUGGUUGUAUUGCCUCUGCCUAGCUGCACGGGGAACAGCUUCCAACACGCUGACCAUGUUGAAGCCUGUGAGCGGCUCCCUCUCGGGGAAGGUCACCCUGCCUUGCUUCUUCUCCAACCUCCCCACCUCCCCGCCCCACAUCAGCGCCAACGGCAGCACCGUCCUCAGCAGGGACUACCUGCGCAUCAAGUGGACCAAGAUGGUGGGCGAGGUGGAGUCCACGGUGCUGGUGGCCCAGAGCGGACUCAUCAAGAUCGGCUCCAGCUACCGCAACCGCGUGUCCGUGCCCAGCCACCCGGAGGACGUGGGCGACGCAUCGCUCACCAUGGUCAAGCUGCGCGCCAGUGACGCGGGCACCUACCGUUGUGAGGUCAUGUACGGCAUCGAGGACACCCAGGACACCGUCAGCCUCGAUGUCAACGGUGUUGUCUUCCACUACCGAGCGGGCGUCAGCAGGUACACCCUAGACUACGCCCAGGCCGUGCAGACUUGUCAGAAGGUCGGAGCCACCAUCGCCACGCCUGACCAACUGAAAGCGGCUUACGAGGACGGUUUUGACCACUGCGACGCGGGCUGGAUCGCAGACCAGACAGUGAGGUACCCGAUCACCAAGCCUCGGCAUGGUUGCUUUGGUAACCUGAUGGGUAAACCCGGCAUCAGGACCUACGGAGUGAGGAAAGCCACGGAGACCUAUGACGUCUACUGCUUUGUAGACAAACUCCAUGGUGAAGUGUACUACACUCCAGGGACUCGCAGGAUGACCCUGAAGGAGGCAGAGGAAGAGUGCCAGAAGAGAAACGCUGUGCUGGCGUCCCCAGGCCAACUCCACGCCGCCUGGAGGCAGGGCCUGGACCAAUGCGACUACGGCUGGCUCUCCGACGGCAGCGCCCGGCACCCCGUGGCCAUACCCAGAAUGCAAUGCGGCAGAGGCCUGCUGGGUGUCAGAACCAUGUAUCGCUACAAGAACCAAACUGGCUUCCCGGACCCUUCUAAGAAGCUGGGAGCUUACUGUUUUGGAGGACGCAAAGAGGGGAUCCACCAGACCUCCAUUUUGGACAUGUCUCUACUCGAACUGACCACAACCUCACCAGUGCAAAAGUCAUCGACCACCGGCGCCCCACCCAGCUCGACCACCACCCUGUCCCCCGUGGAGAGCAGCACCUCCACCCUCGCGCCUAGCUCUGAAACUGUAACAGCCGAGGAGGAGGAGAAGUCUGGGGAAUCGUCCUCCAUGUUCUCCACCAGCAUGGCUCCACCUCAUCCAACUCCUUCGGGCGCUGAGGUCAUGGAAGAGCUCCUGGUCACCACCACCAUGCCACUCUCAGCCGCCACCGAGGAGACGGAGGAUGAUGCCGCCUUCACCAAGACCGCCACCCUCGCUGACAGUGUGGAAGACUCCGAAAGCGGGAACGACACCCGGACGACGGACGUGCAACGCGGGACCGUCUCAUCGGCGCCAUGGGCCACAUCAGAAAGCAGUCUGGGUACACACGCCACCGCCGUCUACACCCAUGACACGGAAACAGAGCCCCUUUCCUGGCCCACCGAGGAACCAGACGAUCAUGAGGAGAUUCAUGUCGGCACCGUGCAACCGCACUUCCUCUUAGAGCAAGCUCCCACCGGCACCGAACCCAUGUUUGCUGUCGGGAAGACGGAGGAGACAGUCCUGGAACCAGGGGUCCCCACGGAGAUGACUGGGCUCUAUGACACUCUCACGACAGACACUGCCGAAGGGACCUCAGAAGAGCUGGUCAGCUUCACUGAUUCAACCACAACAAUCCCAGAGACGUAUUGGCCGGACCCUCAGGAUUAUAGUCCAGACCCCUUGGAUGAUAUCGAGCCUGGGAUACCCCUGGAGGGACCGCCGCCAUUUGAAUCGUCAAAGGUUGGCCAGAAGGAGCACACAACCCUAGAGCCAACUGUACCCCCUGUGACUGACACCACUUUUAUGUGCAACACAAGAGGCGGCACCGAGUGGGACACAGAGGGGGACACCACCACUCAAGUGUCGCCCACAACACCUUCAUCCAGCGAGGAAGCCAGAACGCCAGCAGUUGUGUACAAGGAAGGCGACGUGACAAUCACGGCUACCAUGACGACGACGACACCUCAGCCUCCGGGUGUGACGUCAAGGAUGCCUCACUCCGAACACACGACCGUCCCCACUUCCAACGUCGACAGUGAACCCGACGAUCGGGUCACGUCUGCUACAAGCGUCCGAGUGUUCGAUGAGUCCCAGGCCAAGAUUCCAGAUUCCGGCCCGCAGGUCCUGACAGGAGAUGAGGAAACAGCAACGGAUAUUGAUGCAGAGUACCUGAUGUCUUCUACCAGAGCCUCAACCCUAGAGCACCCGACACAGGCUGCAGGGUCUUUGGUGGUAGAGGGACAAACUACCCAGCUCACGUCUGAAAAGCAGGAACAGGAGUUGGAUGCAGGUGAGGAGCACCAGGCCCCUGUCAGCCCUCUGAUACCAGAUGAGAGCAGCUUUUUCUCGGGGGACGCUGAGCCCAUUUGUAACACUGGAGCCCCAGAUGUCAUAUCAUACACUGCUGUUAGCGUCUCCCCAACAUCCAAACCAAUCCCAGAUUUGGCUGGUUGCGAUGUCACUGGGGUUCCAAAUGUGGAACCAACACCCCCUCAACUUCCGGAAGUGGUUGACUUGUUAACAACACAGGGCCUUGUACAGAUAGAUAAGACCACUGUAUCAGCAUCAACAAUGGAGGACAUGGUUCGAUCCCAGGCCACACAAGGAGCUGCAGCUAUCACAACCGUCACAGAGGCCACUGAGGUAUUUAGUGAGGCCACACCUUCCACGUCCGAUUCGAUAGCUACACGAACACCAUCUGUGGCAGUUUCCGAAGAAACCGAUUUGUCGGCUCCCUCAACGUUACCUCAUGAAGGAUCUACCGCUGUCAGCACGCCAUCAUCACACAGAGAGCCUGGCUUCUCAGUAGCUACACCCACCAUUGUCCAAAGUGACUCAGAAGUUAGUCAGACAGAGCUGUCUGGUGUCCAGGUUUUUAGUUCCGCCACCACCGAACUAAACACAGCCGCAGAUAGAGACAUGGCCACAGAGGGAAACUUGAGCACAUCUGCUCCUUCAGCUGUCCAGGCCAUAACAUCAUCCUCUUCACAGACUGUAGCCUCUCCCACCUCUGACUCAACAACAAAAACAACAAUGACAGAAGACCCGGCCCAUGAAACCCAAACCUUGAUAGGAGCUUUCACAACCACAUUGAAUCCUUCGAUGUCAAAUGGACCAGAUUCUGCCGAAGAGACAAUCAGUACUGAGAAGGCCACAGUUACACAGGCAAGCCCUGAAAAAGCUCAAGCUCAUACCACAGGGGAAUAUUCAGGCAAUACAGAAAAACCGACCGGCCGAAUGCCCCCUAGACCAGACAAAGAGUACUCAGGUGUUCAAACACCUGACAUGUUUACAACUGGCCCUACAUUGUCCACGAGAGGACAGAUUUCUCAGGAGUCCACAGUGUAUUCAGGUUUAAGUAGUACAGGUACACCAGAUAAGGUAACAGCACAGUCAAACAAAACCAGAGUGUCAGAUAGAGUAGUUGUCAUUGAUGAUUCACUCUCAUCUGUAUAUUUAGCUGAGGAAACCACAGAGGCAGUUAAGACUGCUGGUCACACAGGGGAGUCCAUUGAAACCACUGCAUCUCCUCUGUACAGUGUCAUUGAAACACUGAGGACAACAAUGGCAUCAUUGACCGACUAUUUCAUCCAAUACACAACCCAGGACACCUCAACAAUUUCAAAAUCAAUGGAAACAGAAACUGAGACAACCAAACCCUUCAGUACAGUAACAGCCGGUGGGGAAGUGCCUGUGGAGCACACCACAAAACAACAGAGUGGAGAAGAGACAACUACAAGUGCAAACAAAGAGAUGGACAUAUCUGAGAAACCAGACAUCACCCUGGCCACGGCAAGAGAGAUGGUCGGCUCUAAAGACCCAGACACUGACAAGUUAACCACAGAGACUGGGAUAGCUUCUUCGUACAAUACUGGGUCAACAACAGUUUCACCUGAGGAGAGAAAAUCUACUUCUCCCGCCUCAGUUGAGGCUGUUCAGGAAAAAGAGAGUGCUGUCACAGUAAAGACAGAAAGCUCCCUAUUCUUGCCUUCAACGGACAAGACUGUAAUAAGUCAUGGUGUUACAGCCACAACGGAAGGUGGUUCAGGUGGGACUCCUGAUAUUUUGACACAAACUUCUACGGACACACCUACAUCUUCCCUAGCAAGCACAGAGGGAUUGUCCACAAAGUCCCCUACUAUUAAUAUUGGACCAGAGUCAAGCUCUGUUACAGCAACAGAGGAGAACACAUCAACAAAUGUGUUCAGCACAGAGAAGCCUUUGGUGACAAAAAAAUCCAAUGAUACAGCUGACAGUUCAAGGUCAACACCAUCUCCAGCGUCCUCAUUUUACAGCACUGAGAGAACAACAUCAAUUUCUUCUGAGUCUCAACACAGCUUCACAACGAGUCAAUCAAAGACAUCUUCUGUCACACCAGAAGAUAGUUCAGUUUUGUCCUCAACUCUUGGAGUGAGUUCAAGUGACAUCACAUCCGACAUGUCCACACAAGAAACUGUUACUGCUGCCGUUACAAUAUCUACCACUUCAGCAUCUUCUUCCUUCCUCUCUGAAAAAGUAUCCUCAACACCUACUGAGACAAGUUCUGAGUUAACCUCUACAGAAAAAGACAGCUCAGUAGAUCAAGCCAAUGGUACAUCAGAGACUGUACCUAAGACAGCCUCCUCUUUGUUCAGUACUGAGAAACCAACCAUGUUACCAUCUGUAGAACAGGAGAGCGCUGUCACAGUUCUGACAGGAGCAUCUUCUAUAUCGCCUGUAACAGAGAAGAAAGACAUAAUUUAUCAUCCUACCAAAAAAGACGGUUCAGGUGAAGGAACUCCUGAUAUGUUUACACCUACCUUUCCUUACAGACCUUCUUCCUCCCUGCGCAGCACAGAAGAACUGCCCACAAAAUCACAUACCAUUGAAACAUCUAUUGGACCAGAGAGAAGUUUCCUUAUAACUACAGGGGAAGAGGACACCUCUAUAUCUGAUGUUUCAACCAAAGAGACUGAAAUAGUAACUACACCAUCUUUGUUACGCAGAGAGAAACCAUCAGUGACAUUUGAAUCCCAUGAAACAGCUGACAGUACAUGGACAACUGUAUCUCCAGACUCUCCUCUGUACAGCACUGAGAGACCAACAUCAAUCUCUUCCGAGUCUCAACAAAGCUUCACAAUGAGUCAAUAUAAGACAUUUUCCAUCACACCAGAAGGUAGUUCAGUUUUAUCCUCAACUCUUGGAGCAAGUUCAGGUGACAUAACAUCGGAUGUGUCCACACAACAAACUGUUACUGUAACAUCCUCCUCCGUGUCAAGUACAGAUGAUCCACACAAAGAGGCAGCUGAAGUUAUAAUAUCUACUUCUUCGUCUCCCUCCUUUUCCACUGAAAAAGCUACCAUCAUCUCUAGUAAGCAACCAGAACAGACAAGUACAGAUAUGUCUCAAGGCAGUGAGACCUCAGAUAGCACAUCAUCCUCUUUGUUAAGUACUGAGAAACUGACCAUGUUACCCUCUGAAGAACAUGAGAGUGCAGUCACAGUACAGACUGAAAAGUCGUCAAUCACGACAAUCACAGAGAUGGAUGCUGAUCUAACAUCUAAAGAUGAAGCUGGUUCGGGUGAUGAAGCUCCUGACGUGUUCUCUCAGACAGUGUCUCCAGGCAGUGAGACCUCUGCUGGCACAUCAUCGUCUUUGUUAAGUACUAAGAAACCGACCAUGUUACCCUCAGGAAAGUCGUCAGUCUCGCCAAUCACAGAGAAGACAGAGAUCAGUGCUGAUCUAACAUCUAAAGAUGAAGCUGGUUCUGGUGAUGAAGCUCCUGACGUGUUCGCUCAGAUGUCUGCUGUCACAACUGUACCUUCCCUGGCGAGCACAGAGGGACCAUCCACAGUGUCAUCAGAAACUGUAGUGGAUAUUUCAAAUCAGACAGUGAUGCCAUCAACAUAUGUUGCCUCAGAUGUCACAAAGACCAGUUCCAUAACCAGCUCUCAAAGUUCAACAUCACCUGAGGCAUCCGCAGAUUCUAGCGAUGAGAUCGUGGAAUAUGGUGUUAGCAAAGAACCUAUCAUGCUGGAAUCUUCCCCUUCCUUCUAUGGAUCAAGCACAGAGGCGGCCACAGCAGUAGUAACUACUCCUUCUGACACAGAAUUUCCAGCGGACCUGACUUCUACGAUAUUUACUGAUGAAUCGUUAAUUAUCUCAACCACCAUUUCUUCUUUAUGCACCACAGAGAAACCUGCAGUGACAACAGCAUCAGAUAAAGCAAUUUAUGGUAUAAAAUCAACCUUGUCCCCACCUUCCUCACUCUCUAGUACAGAGAAACCAGCAUUCACAACAGUACCUCAAGAAAGUGUCUCUAAAGAUCAAUCCUCUAUCAAAGCAGAGGCUAGUUCCAUUUUUGCAUCAACAGAGGAGGGCUCUGGUGAAGUAACAUCUGAUGUGUCUCCUAAAGAGACUGAAACAGAAUCAUCAACAUCAACGUUCAGCACAAAGAAACCAUCAGUGACAACAGAAUCCCAUGAAACAUUUGACAGUUCAAGGACAACAGCAUAUCCAGCCUCCUCUCUGCACAGCACUGACACACCCACAAGCCAAUCAAAGACAGCCUCUGUUACACCAGAAGAUAGUGUAGUUUCAUCUUCAACCCUUGAAGAGGGCUCAGAUGGUCAAACAAUUGAUAUGUCCACCCAAGAGACUGUUACUACCACAUCAUCCUCUGUGUUGAGUCCAACGGAACCAGAAAAAGAAGCAGCUGCUGUUAAAAUAUCCAGUACUUCUGCUUCUCCCUCCUUUUCCACUGAAACAGCUACCGCCAUCUCAAAUGUCUGCUGUCACAACUGUAUCUUCCCUGGCAAGCACAGGGGGACCAUCCACCGUGUCAUCAGAAACUGUAGUGGAUAUUUCAAAUCAGACAGUGAUGCCAUCAACAUAUGUUGCCUCAGAUGUCACAAAGACCAGUUCCAUAACCAGCUCUCAAAGUUCAACAUCACCUGA